UGAUAUUGGUACACAAGCGGAUACUUUAAGCUUGUUUGGUUUUCUGGUGGUCACAGCAACCAUCGUUACUGUAUUAUACUACCAUGGAGUAAUUCAAAAUAUACUUAAUGUGUAGACUAUGUUCUGUCUAAAAUUCCACAUCUAGUGCUAGAUUUUUGUGGGAAAACUAAAAAACAUGGUGUUUAUAAAAAAUAGGACAAAGGGUUAAGAACUGGUAGAAUAUAAAUUAUUCAGCUUAACAAUUAGGUUUGCCAAAACGUGUAUGCAGGUACUAAUGUGCAAAUAAGCAAAUAAACUACCUUGGCUUAAGCAAACAAUUUGUUAAGUGUUUACUUUUAAUAAACAGCUUUAUAACGGUUCUUUACAAAGAGAAUCGGAUGAACGUGUGUUUUGCCAUGAAUUUAGUUUCAUUAGAAAUAAAUCUGUAUAAAUAGAAUUCGACAUGCUUUUCAGUUUGUAUGUCAAAACCAUCAAAACAGGGUAAUUAUGCCAAGGGAAAUUCCCGACUACGGAAAAGAAUUUUAUCUGUUUGGAUGGGUAGUACAUUAUGAUUACACGAUGUUAUUAUUGAGUAAAUUCUAAAUGCAGAGGAGAUGCAGAAGUACAUUCUAGAUUAAUGAUUGUUUUAGCUGAAUAGUCAACACAAGAAAUACGCCUAUAUACUACUGGUGUGAUUUAUGUUUGAUCUAUUCAUUCUACUGAAAAAAUCAAAUGGUAUUGACAAGCAAGUUUAUUAAGUGUUACAUGAAGUUCUCUUAUCUUUAAUAUCUUAAUGUUGCAUAAUCCUUUUUGUAACAGCUGUGUCUAGAUAUAGUCACCAUGGCAAAAGUAGCUGUCAAGAAAUAUGUGGAUUAUCAUCUAUAUGAAUUUUAUUCACGGAAUAAUGAUGUGCAAAAUCUUUGGUCAACAUUUACCAUUCAUAGAAAAAGAAUUGGUGAUCAGUAUGAAAUUUUAAAGGAAAAAAAGAGAAAAGAUAAGAAAACAUGGGAAACAAUUGCAAAUCGGGCUAUGUCUACAGUUGAAGAUUACAGACAGCAGAUAUGUAUUGCGGAAUAUAAAGUUAAUUUUGAUGGAUCAUUAAAUGUGAAACGUCUGAUCGAAUUAAUUGAUGAGUUUAACAGCGACAGCAAAAUGUAUUGUGGUAGCCGCGCAAAUAUGUGUAACCUUCUAGUGUUGGUUUGUAAAAAAGAGGAAUGGAAUAAAAGAGAAUCACAAUUUUACGAAUAUUGGAGGCAAUAUUCAAAGAGUAUUGUUCCAUUUGCUAAUGUUUCACAUACACAAACUUCACCACAAGUUGAUGAAGUCAGCAGUGCAAAACCCCAAGGCAGUGUUAAACCAAAUAGGAAUAAUGGAUACAAAACUGGACUGUCCAGCGAUAGAAAUGCGCAUGAGGUGGGAAAAUGUCGCACCGACACCAUCAGUGUGGAUAAGGAUAUUUAUGGCUACAUUCAACUUUCCCAUGCCCACCGUGUUAAUCAGAUAUGGAGGAAGCACGAAGUCCAGAUAAAAAUAAAAAAGCUUGAUAAACACAAUCUAUCGAUUCAGUUCACUUCUGACACCAAAGAAAAAAGUUCCAAAGCAAUUAGCGACUUUCAAUCAUUAUACCAAGAUGUUAUGGAUCAUAUAAAACAGGAGGAUAUGCAGUUGAAAGAUCAUGCAGUAGAUCAUAUAAAAUAUGCCAUUGAUGCUGUAAAAUCUGGCAACAAACAUGUCUAUGUUUUCGAAACCAGCAAUAAAGUGUCGAUGUUAUCUGAAGACAAAGAAGCUUUAAAACAAGCUAAAUAUAUUUUUGAACAAUGUUUAAGUCUAACCAUGGCAAAAGCAAAACCACGUUCUGCACCAGAUCAGGAUAAUUUUACUGAAGUUUACAAGUUCGUUACUAAAGAUGGCAUCAACGUAUCAGUUGCUCAUGGCAACAUAGCACUUCAAGAUGUAGAUGCAAUUGUUAAUGCUGCAAAUAAAUACAUUCAAAAUGGUUCUGGAGUCACUGGAGCUAUUUUUAAGCAAGGAGGUUCGAAAUUUGAACAACUGUGUAAGGAGGCAAUGAAACAUCGUCAAAAUCGAUCGCUAAAAGUUGGAGAAGUGGUUUCUGUUAAGGCAGCUGGUAAUCUUCAAUGCAAAAGAGUUUUGCAUCUGGUUGGACCACAGUGGAAAAAUUAUUCUCAUAAAGAUGAAGCAUAUCAUUUACUUGAGGAUGGUUUAUUAUCAGUUUUAAAGGAAUCUAAUUACUGUAAAGCAUCCACACUUGCUCUCCCACCUGUAGCUACAGGUAUUUACGGAACCCCACUUAAACUCUUUGUGCGAGCAAUGAACACAGCACUGACAUGUUUUGAAACCAACAUCUCUCGUCACCAACGUUCUCUGCAUUACAUUAGAAUUCUGUCAAUUGACCAAGACACUGUUAAUGAUUUGAAAACCAUGUUUUUAUCCCGUCAACCUCAUGCAUGGCAUGGAAAUAAAGUUGGUGGAACAGUUUACAUAUGAAAUUGCAAAAAUGUUUAGUCUCGUUUCAUCGUGUUAUCAUAUCUGAAACCCCUAUUUAUUUACAUAUGUUCCUGCUGAUUAAAUUAUUAUUAAAAUAUAAACUGAAACUCUAAUGAAUUUUAACAAAUAAUUUUUAGUGGAUUAAAGAUCUGAGCCAAAAACUAUAUUUAUGUACUUCUGGUGUUAUGUGAAGUAAUAACUACUGGUAGGCCUCUACUAGUUUUGUUGCAGUGUUCUAACCCAUACUUUGCGUGUAUAUUCUGUUUACAAUUUUGCAUUUAGUGCCAAGUUGUAAAAUGAAAUUUGAACAAAGGGGUUCAGCCGAUGAAAUAUAAUUAAAUGAGCUUAAUAAUUAAGAUACCCAAAACGAUCAAGCUGGUACUAAUGAGCACGAGCAAAUAAACUUUUUCAGAUUUAGCAAACAAUUUGCUUUCCCAGAUUUAGCAAACAAUAAGUGUUUACUUUUAAUAAACAGCCUUGCCAUGUUUCUCUGUCAUCUUUUGACCUUUUAUGUGCCAUGUGGGGAAAUUAUAUUCCUCAUUAUGGCAAGUUUACUAAAUGUAUGUGACAAAAUAUUAACAUCGCGUCUUCAAAUACAGUAAACGUUCUGAUAUAACAA